UGCACGGCUUCUUCUCAGCCCUCUCCGAGCGGGAAGCAGCAUGUGGACCCUGGCCCUGAUCUUCCUCGCCGUAGCCUGCUUGUUCUCUCUGGGGGUCACUCUGUGGGUCAUUUGCAGCCAUUUUUUCAUUAUGCACAUCCCUGCAGCGGUUGGCCACCCUGUGAAACUGAGAGUCUUCCAUUGCAUAUUCCAGCUGCUGGUGACAUGGGGGAUGAUUUUUGAGAAGCUCAGAAUCUGUUCUAUGCCCCAAUUUGUCUGUUUCAUGCAAGAUCUGCAGCUGCUGAAGUAUGAUCCUGACGUUGUGGUUACAGAUUUACACUUUGGGACAAUCCCUGUGAAGCUGUACCAGCCCAAGGCAUCCAGCUGCACCCUGAAGCCUGGUAUCGUGUACUACCACGGUGGCGGGGGUGCCGCAGGGAGCUUGAAAACCCACCAUGGCAUAUGCUCUCGUUUGUGCAAGGAGAGUGACUCUGUGGUUCUGGCAGUUGGUUACCGCAAGUUACCCAAAUAUAAGUUUCCUGUGUCGGUAAGAGACUGCUUGGUGGCCACCAUCCACUUCCUGAAGUCCCUACAUGCAUAUGGAGUGGAUCCAGCCCGGGUUGUGGUCUGUGGCGACAGUUUGGGAGGGGGAAUAGCCACAGUGGUUUGUCAAAAACUUGUGAACACGCCCGAUUUGCCCCGGAUCCGGGCUCAGAUCCUGAUCUAUGCCGCUCUCCAAGCCCUGGAUUUUCAAACCCCUUCCUUUCAACAGAGAAAGAACAUCCCAAUGCUCAGCUGGAGUUUCACCUGCUACUGUUUUUAUCACUAUCUGGAUAUCAGCUCCUCCUGGCACGAGGUCAUCAUGAAAGGCGCCCAUUUGCCUGCCGAAGUCUGGGAAAAGUACAGAAAGUGGUUGGGCCCAGAAAACAUCCCAGAGAGGUUUAAGACGGGCUACCGACAGAAGCCCCACGAGCCCGUGAAUGAAGCUGCUUACUUGGAACUAAGUAUUGUCUUGGAUGUGAUGUGCUCGCCCCUGAUUGCAGAAGAUGACAUAGUGUCUCAGCUACCGGAAGCUUGCAUCGUGAGCUGUGAGUAUGAUGCCCUCCGGGACAGUUCACUGUUGUACAAGAAGAGGCUGGAAGACCUGGGAGUGCCUGUGACCUGGCACCAUGUGGAGGAUGGAUUCCACGGAGUGCUCAGCACCAUCGACAUGAACUUCUUCUACUUCCCCAGCUCCACGAGAAUUCUGAAUGUGUUAACCCAUUUUAUAAAGGGACUGUGACCAUCCUUCUUCUCUGCCGGUGCUGCAGUGUGGAUCCCACAAUCAUCCAGCCUCCCUCAGGACUCUCUGUUGCUGAUUUAGGUGGAGCAUAGUGAGGAUAGGGAGCAGAUGGAGGUUGCUGUCUCCUUUCUGAUCUACGUUCUAGAACCGCACAAUGUCCAGAGGACGCCGUAGAGAAGACAGGUUUGCUUUGCAGGUGGGAGUGGGGCUCUCUGUCUUUGGCCUCUAUUGGGAAAACCUGGGCUGACAAUGUACAGUGGCCAUUUGUGGGAGUGAAUCACAGGUAAGGACUGUUCUCAGCCUCCCUAAGGGGCAGUUCAGACUCUCCAGAUUGAUCCAGACUGUGGGUGACUUGUGUCCACUUGGCUAGACCUUGGAAUAGCGCAAGAGGAUCACAUACAAUCUCACGGGGCUUUCCCCAGCUGUCUCAGAGGCCGGAGCUCUGAUGCUCUAGGCUGCUGGGAGGUGAUGGUGAUGGUGGUGGAGAAACCGGCUUUCACCCACCUUCUCUUCUGUGAACAGUAAUGACUUUUCCUGCUGUUUCUCAGCCCCUGGGAUCAGAGUCUUGACUGCCUGGGCUGGAAAAGCUAAGACAGAAUCGAUAGAGCUUCCACAGUGGUUGGCAUCUAGCAGUGAAUAAAGACGUCUUGCAGCUGCCCGACUUGGGGGGGCUCUGGAGCUCCUGGAAUCAAAGCCUGGCUUCCAAGCAGAAGCCCGAAAUCAGUGUUGCUAAGAGUUCGAGAAGAGAAGCUGGGAGGGAAGUGGGGUCCGGAGUCAGAGACCCGUGAAGGUUGAGUCUAACUAGAUAACCCUGUCCACAGUGCAAAGUCAAGACAGCCAAAGGGACAGAAGAUGUUUUGGUGAGAAUGAUUUCUUUUUUAAGACAUGGAACCAACUCAAAUUGACCUCCAUCAGAAAGAGAAUGGAUUGGCUUAGGUAGCGAUGUAUGCUAGGCAUCCAUCAGGCAUGGUUUGAUCCAGGAACUCACACAGUGCCGUCAGCUGUCCUGUCUUCUCUGCUCCGCUCUUCUCUCCUCUGUGUUAAUGCCACCUUCACCUCUCCAUACGGUGGUACUGAGCAGCUUCAUGCUUACCUUCUCCCAGGGUCAAGUUCAUUAUCAUGGACUCGCCUCAUUCUCAGCAGUCUCAGCAAAAACCUUAUUGCAACUUGAUGGCUUUGUUGGCUUUCUGAGCAACAUGUCCAGUUGCCACAGCCAAGGGAAUGGAAUGUUCUAGCUGACCAUUCCCAAGUCCUAUGUCAUCCGGAAGUGGAGGGUGGAGUCAGUUCACCUUGGUGCUUGGACUAAGCAUGAAGUGGUGAGUGACAGCUUCCCUAAUCGAAGGGUAAAUUAUAGAAGCUAAACUGAACCCUCAGGCAGGGUACGUGGAGGUGGCAAGAGAUGUCAAGGUCCACUGGGCAAGUUGGCCAGCUGCUCCUUAGGAAUGAAAAGUCAUUUGAAAGGAAUGGUCCGGCUCCCAUGCUGGCCCCACCUGGUCUUCUGGAGGCUCUGAUCUUGGUUAGUGAGUGGUCUUUACAGGCCAAGGUCAAGGCAAUUGCACAAAAAACCCUGUGGAUGCCCUUAACUUGCUCUCAGUUGAACAUUUGAGCUGAACUAUGAGGCAGAGAGGAAUCCCGUAGGGUGGCUCCUCGCUUUGUUCACAGUUGACCGGAAGAUGGUUUGUUGGAGAAAUAGGAAUCAUCCCCUGAAAACACACACCGUGGUAGCCACUCGACUGUUGAAGAUCACUGGAGUCCAAGGGGCGAGGCCUCCUCUGAGACAGGGCUCCGAGUUGAGAAUGUUCUUGUUUCUCUCCUGGCUCUGGAGAUGUGUAGAGGAACAUGAACUGACCUUCUGGGAAGCUGGGGUGGCAAGGAGUUGCUGAGGCACUGCAGGGCCGUGCCCAGCAGAGAGGAAUGUAUAACCUUUUCAGAGGCUGAGAGCGCCCCUGAUUGGGCUCUUGCCCAUGGCAGCUGCCUUCUGCAGAUCGUGGGACAAUCAAGCACUUUCACCUAAUGAAAUGAUUUUGGGACCCAAUUCUCCACCCGUCUCCUUUGCCCCAUCACCACUAUCCUUCCUGCAAUCCAUCCAUGAGACUCAGUGAGUGAAAAAGGGAUAGGAUUGAAUGUUCACCGAGGGCCAGCUACACGCUAGGCACUGUACUGGGCCAUUUAGAUUUGCCACCUCCUACAUUCCUCGCAUUAAUCCUGCAGAGUAGGUACAGACACACCUAUGGGAUACUGCAGCUUCAGUUCCAGACCACAGCAAUCAAGCAAGUCACAUGGAUUUUUUUUGCUUCCCUCAGUGCAUAUAAAAGUUACAUUUUCACUAUAUUGUUGUUUAUGAAGUGUGCAAUAGCAUUAUGUCUUUAAAAAGCAUGUACAUACCUUAAUAUAAAAAUACUUUGUUGAUGAAAAAUGCUAACAAUCAUCUGAGCCUUCAUCAUUGCAGUAGCCUGGGCUGCUGCUGUCUCUGUGGCGUUUGCACACUCUCCCCGUGUCUGCAUGAUUUUCUCUGAGUUUUCCAGUUUCCUCCCACAUUCCCAAGAUGUGUAUGUUACAUUCAUGGGUCUGUCUAAGUUGUCGUAAUCUUUCUGCUGGUUCGUGGUCUUGCCUUGAUGUCGAUGGCUGCCCAGCGAUGCAGGUGCUGCUUGCUGAAGGCUGGGGUGGCUGUGGCAA